GAGGUCGAAGUUGCCGUGGUAGCUUUGUAUGCAUCGCCGCAGACGUACUCAUAUUAUGCUAGGCGCGGCUGUCGACACAGUUGUAGCGGCGAGCGCAACUCAAUCAUGUUGUAUAUCACCUGGUGGACAGCUCUACAGAUUCCCGUUCUACUCCUGGUGCUGUACCUGUUCUCGUACACCACAAGCCGAUCUUCUCCAACUCUGGCUGGCAAAAGGAUAUGCCUGCUAAUAGCUCAUCCCGAUGAUGAGGCCAUGUUCUUUGGCCCAACACUACUUCUCCUCAACAAGCCUGAACUGGCCAAUCAGGUCUUCAUACUCUGUCUUUCCGCCGGUAAUGCCGAAGGACUUGGGCAGGUCAGGAAGCAGGAGUUGGUUAAAAGUGCGCUUCUGCUAGGCGUCAAAUCAUCUGAGCACGUUGUAAUCAUAGAUGACACCAAGCUGCCAGACUCAAUGUCCGCCAAUUGGGACGUCAAGCUCAUUUCUAGCAUUCUGACUCGGUACUUUGCGCCGAAAGCUGCUACAACGCCAGUAACUACUGCUCCGCCAGCUCUGAUUGAUGUCUUGAUCACAUUCGACAAGGAUGGCGUGAGCGGACACCCCAAUCACCGCUCUCUAUACCAUGGAGCCAGUCUGUUUCUGCAAAGCUUGAUGCAGCGCCAUUCAGGAUGGGAGAGUCCAGUAAAGCUCUACACUUUGAGCUCUGUGAACAUACUUCGCAAGUACAGCAGCGUAUUGGACUCUGCGCUCACAGUGACCUCCAUGCUUUGGCAGAGUAAGGACCGAGGUAGCAACCCGACGCCGUUAUUGAUUAUAAGCGGACCCGUCGACAUAUGGAAGGCGCAGAAGGCGAUGACGACGGCCCACAAGAGCCAAAUGCGGUGGUUCAGAUACGGGUGGAUCUGGCUCUCGCGGUACAUGCUCGUCAAUGACCUGAAGAGGCAAAAGGUGGUCUGAAGGAAGCGACUCAGGCUCCGGAUUUGUACAACCAGGCUUUAUUUGUACAUCUAUUGACCCUUCUGUCCUGCAUCUCAAGCAACCCUCGAUCGAACGACUAUAGUACCAGCGACCUUUGCGGUGUUCACACCACAUU